AUGUCGUGGCAAGCCUAUAUCGAUUCCUCCGGACACUUGGACAAGGCCGCCAUCCUUUCCGGUCUCCCCGAAGAGGGCAAGGCCCUCGCUAAGACACUUGGCGGAGACACCAACGCUGCCUAUGCCGAAGGCUUCCACAUUGGCACUGAGCGCUACGGUAAGGAGGGCGCCGUCGUUGUCAAGACUAAGCAGGCUAUCGUCAUCGGACACUACGGCGAGCAACAUGUGGCCGGAAAUGCCGCAAACGUCGUCGAGAGGCUUGCCGACUACCUCAUUGGCCUCGGCUAUUAA